AUGGCUGUUAAUGGAGUAGAUCCGAAUCCAUACCCGAUUAUGAUUCGAGAAGUAUGGGCUGAUAAUCUCAAUGAAGCAUUCGAUGAUAUUUCUGAUUUAAUUGAUGAAUUCCCCUGUAUAUCCAUGGAUACAGAGUAUCCCGGCAUCAUCUACCAUUCUCCGGUACCCUUUUCGAAGCAGUCUCCGGCGGAGAAGUAUAAUCUGUUGAAAUCGAAUGUCGAUGAAUUGAAGCUUAUUCAGGUUGGGAUUACCCUUUCUGAUGCUAAUGGGAACUUGCCGGAAUUGGUGAUUCAAGGGAAACGGUUUCGGGUUCUAUGGCAGUUCAACUUUUCCGAUUUCGAUCGGAAUCGUGAUCGAUACGCAGAGGCUUCAAUCCAGCUCCUUGUUAACAGUGGGAUUGACUUCGAAAGGAAUCUAAAAUUUGGGAUUAGAUCAAUUGAUUUUGGUGAGUUGUUGAUGUCGUCGGGACUUGUAUGUAAUGAUUCUGUGAGUUGGGUAACAUUUCAAGGCGCGAAUGAUAUCGGGUACUUGUUGAAGAUUCUCAGGGGUCGGAAUCUUCCAGAUAGUUUAGAUGUGUUUUACGAUUUUGUUAAGGUAUUUUUCGGAGGUAAAUUAUAUGAUGUGAAGUGUUUGAUGAUGCCUUUUCCUAAUCUUCAUGGCGGUUUAGACCGGGUGGCGGGACAACUCGGUUUGGUCCGGGUGGCUGGGAGGCAACAUCAGGCCGGUUCAGAUAGUUUGUUGACAUGUCACGUCUUUUAUAAGAUGAGAAAUAGUUAUUUUGUAAAAGGCGUGCCAGACACUGGCGUUUUGCAUGGAUUAACUUGA